AUGGGGUUUUCGACUGAAGUAUGGGCUAUUCGUGUUAUCAUUUCCUUCAACAUCAAAGGUCAUUUGCCCUUCCUUGACUUUAAGGCUUGGCUUGGACGCGGGUCUGGUCUUAGGUCUGGUCUUAGGUCUAGUCUUAGGUCUGGUCUUAGGUCUGGUCUUAGGCCUGGUCUUAGGUCUGGUCUUAGGCCUGGUCUUAGGUCUAGUCUUAGGUCUGGUCUUAGGCCUGGUCUUAGGCCUGGUCUUAGGCCUGGUCUUAGGCCUGGUUACCCGUCCUCUUCGUCUUCCCGUCAGAUAUCGUCUCGUUACCCGUCCUCUUCGUCUUCCCGUCAGAUAUCGUCUCGUUACCCGUCCUCUUCGUCUUCCCGUCAGAUAUCGUCUCGUUACCCGUCCUCUUCGUCUUCCCGUCAAAUAUCGUCUCGUUAUCCGUCCUCUUCGUCUUCCCGUCAGAUAUCGUCUCGUUACCCGUCCUCUUCGUCUUCCCGUCAGAUAUCGUCUCGUUACCCGUCCUCUUCGUCUUCCCGUCAAAUAUCGUCUCGUUACCCGUCCUCUUCGUCUUCCCGUCAGAUAUCGUCUCGUUACCCGUCCUCUUCGUCUUCCCGUCAGAUAUCGUCUCGUUACCCGUCCUCUUCGUCUUCCCGUCAAAUAUCGUCUCGUUACCCGUCCUCUUCGUCUUCCCGUCAGAUAUCGUCUCGUUACCCGUCCUCUUCGUCUUCCCGUCAAAUAUCGUCUCGUUACCCGUCCUCUUCGUCUUCCCGUCAGAUAUCGUCUCGUUACCCGUCCUCUUCGUCUUCCCGUCAGAUAUCGUCUCGUUACCCGUCCUCUUCGUCUUCCCGUCAGAUAUCGUCUCGUUACCCGUCCUCUUCGUCUUCCCGUCAGAUAUCGUCUCGUUACCCGUCCUCUUCGUCUUCCCGUCAGGAUUCGGAAUCGAUUAUACCCGUAGUUUCCUCGUCUUCGGGAAGUCAAUCCACCUCUUCGGUAGCCGACGGAAGUUGAAGACCUCCUUCUGCUGCCACCACUGUUGCCAAACCACCCGUCCGUCCCUUGGGCGACCAGAAGGCAGAGAAGCAGAACUAGCGUAGUCAGUACGUACCAGCGCAUGGCGACGCCGAUCUCUCUUGACUGGGCUUAGAACUCUUGUCUAUCGUUAACUUUCUCAAGCUUUGAUUUAUACCAAUUCACUGGCCCCAGGCUACAACAGGAGAGGAAGUCUUAUCGAAAAGGUAUUCACUUGGGGUGAUGUUGAAGCAAAAAAUGGUUGUAAAAUGUUCGUGUUCUGUCUAACAAUAGGUAAACAGAAAUGAGAAAUUUCGUGUUUUUGUUAUUGUCUUGAGGCAAUAGCUGAGUCAUGUUUUAGCUGUCAUCUUGGCCAAGCGCGUAGCGAACUGUACGCAAAUACGCCAACAAUAGAUUCGCAAACCAUUUUCACGAUUCUUGAAGCUCUUCCGCUUUCACGUAUCACGCAAAUGUAGAAAUAACGGCACAUAAAUAAAUGUUCUUUCGUGAAAAUCAAAAGGCAGCUCAUAUAUUAUAUAAA